CUCGAGCACAGCCAUGUCUGGCCACGGUGACGCGGCUGCAACGACGAAGGACGACGGCCCAAAGAUGAGAGUGAUUCGUGUGGGUACACGCAAGAGCCAGCUGGCUCGAAUACAGACAGACACUGUGGUGACAGCGCUGAAAACCUUAUACCCUACCCUGCAGUUUGAAAUCAUUGCCAUGUCCACCACUGGGGACAAGAUUCUAGAUACUGCACUUUCAAAGAUUGGAGAGAAAAGCCUAUUUACCAAGGAGCUGGAACAUGCACUAGAGAGGAAUGAAGUGGACCUGGUUGUGCACUCUCUGAAGGACUUACCCACUGUACUUCCUCCUGGCUUCACCAUUGGAGCCAUCUGCAAACGAGAGAGCCCCUAUGAUGCUGUUGUCUUUCACCCAAAAUUUGUUGGGAAGACCCUAGAAACCUUGCCAGAGAGGAGCGUGGUGGGAACCAGCUCCCUGCGGAGAGCAGCCCAGCUGCACAGAAAGUUCCCACAUCUGGAGUUCAGGAGUAUUCGAGGAAACCUCAACACGCGGCUUCGCAAGCUGGAUGAGCAGCAGGAGUUCAGUGCUAUCAUCUUGGCUGCAGCUGGCCUGCAUCGCAUGGGUUGGCAGAACCGGGUGGGACAGAUCCUGUGUCCUGAGGACUGCAUGUAUGCAGUGGGUCAGGGGGCCCUGGGGGUCGAAGUUCGAGCCAAAGACCAGGACAUCCUGGACCUAGUGGGUGUAUUGCAUGAUCCUGAGACUUUGCUCCGCUGCAUCGCUGAACGGGCCUUCCUGAGGCACCUGGAAGGAGGUUGCAGUGUUCCAGUAGCAGUGCAUACAGCUGUGAAGGAUGGACAGCUGUACCUGACUGGGGGAGUAUGGAGUCUGGAUGGCUCAGAUAGCAUGCAAGAGACCAUGCAGGCCACUGUCCAUGUCACUGCCCAGCAUGAGGAUGGCCCUGAAGAUGACCCACAGCUGGUAGGCAUAACUGCCCGGAAUGUUCCACGAAGAGCCCAGCUGGCUGCUGAGAACCUGGGCAUUAGUCUGGCUAACUUGUUGUUGAACAAAGGAGCCAAGCACAUCCUGGAUGUUGCACGGCAGCUUAAUGAUGCCCACUAA